UUGCGGUUUUCUACGUCAUUAACGUGCGCAGGGCUGAGGUGGCGUUUAAGAGGAGGUUGUUUCCCGGCUGAACUCUGCUAAACUCCCCGCGGCUGCUCUCGUCAUGACUAAACUUCUGGAGUGGCUGUUCGGCGUGUCGCUGGUGGGCGCUGUCUGGGCUCUGGUCACUUUCGACCUGUUGGACCUGAGCCUGCCGAAGACGUACAGAGAGGUGGCCUGGCCAAUGCCGCUGUACCUGCUGGUGUCAUUUGGCUGCUACUCCCUGGCCACCGUGGGAUACAGAGUGGCCACAUUCAAUGACUGUGAGGAGGCAGCUAAAGAGCUGCAGGGGCAGAUCAAAGAAGCCAAAGAGGACUUGAGAAAAAAAGGCUUAAAGAUGUAAAACCCGACAAGGACUGUGUAGAAACUUUUGAGAGAAAUGAAAUGGAUCCUUGUGAUGAUGGAGUCACUCAAUAACAAAACUGUCUCUUGUGUGAAAUGUGUUGGAUGAGUUUGAACUGUGAACUGACACCAUCUUUACUGAUUCCAGCAGGCUUGAACUGAACAUCAGUCACAACAGCCCUUCAUGCAGCAGUGUUUGUUUUCAUGCUGUCUUAUUCACUGGCAUGUGUUUCAGAUUAAAUGUUGAUCAGAUGUGCUUCAGCAAAUGAUAAAUUAAUGGCCCAAUUGAUAAUUUUCUGGGUUACCCAUAAAUGACAACAGAUAAGAUUUAACUUUGCUAAAAAGAAAUGUUCACCAUUCUGACUAUUUAAAGAUCUCAACUGAAGCUAAAUUAAUUAUAUUAAGCAAUAUCACACCCGGUUCAAAUCAGUGUGUAGUAGGUGGUUGUAUUGAUUAGCACAUUUUAAACCAGAUUAAGGACUCUUAGCAGUGAGCACAGGAGGAGACUACACACAGAGAAUACCUCUGAGUUCUUAAUGCCAGUAUGCUAAAUUGUCAUCUAUAACCAGUUGUGCAUCAGUGAACAAAUUCAACCCAAAGGCCACAUUGGAACAACCUGACUAAAGGGUGUUUCUGCUGGGAAUUCUCAGAUGCUUUCAAUCUGCAUCAGCUUCAAAAUUGUACCACAGUGUCAACCGUGUUGUGUGUGUCUGGAGAUUGUUGCUUGUCAGUAUAGAUGAGCUAGAUUUUAUCUGUAAAGUAGUGUACAUUCCAUUGUCCAAUUUCAGACUUGAGCCCUGCGGCUAUUGCUUGGACUUAAUUAAAAUGCAGUCUAUUUUCUUCAGGUU